AUGGCUGGUAAUUUUUGGAGAAGUUCACAUUUCGAGCAGUGGAUAUUAGAAAAAGGUGAUCUUUUGAGAGAAAGGGGAGAUGAUUUAAAAAUUUAUACAGAGGAAGAAUAUCAAAAAUUGAUGAUUUUCUUUAUGAAUUUUAUCCAAACAAUGGGACAGUGUCUUGAAAAAGAAGUUAGUCAAUCAAUUAAUGAAGGGAGGGAUAGACCUAUUUUGAGAAUGCAAGCAAUUGCUUCUGCUUGUGUUUAUUUUAGAAGAUUUUAUUCAAAAAGAUCUUUAAAGGAUAUUGAUCCUUUUUUGUUAGCUGUAACUUGUAUUAAUUUGGCUAGUAAAGUUGAAGAGAUGGGGCAUUUAUCCCCAAAUAAAUUAAUAUCUGCAUAUACAAGAACAACAAAGAAAUGGCCGGUUAUAGAAUCUUUAAUUGCUCACAACCACCAAAUUAAUUCUCAUCAAAUAAAGGGAAGUGAAGCAGAAUUUUGUUUAGUUGAAAUGCUUGAUUGUUCUUUAAUUGUUUAUCAUCCCUACAGAUCUUUGCAUCAAUUUAGAAAUGAUAUGAAGUCUUGUUCUAUUCAAAAUGUUGAUCAACUUUGUCAGGAUGCUUGGCGAGUAUGUAAUGAUGGAAUGAGAAGUGAUGCUGCUUUACUUUACCAUCCUCAUAUGAUUGCGAUAGGCAAAAAUAAAAAUAAUUUGAGAGAAAAAAAUUAUUUUUUAGCAUCAAUUAUGAUUGCCGCUAUUUUAAAUGGCCGUGAUAAAGAUAAAGAAAAGGAAUUGAGAAAUUGGUUGGCAGACUUAAAUGUUGAUUAUGAAAAAGUUUUUGAUAUUCAACAAAUAAUUUUGAAUACAUAUAGAGUUUGGAGGAAUUUUGAUGAACAAACACAGUUGAGGCCUUUAAUUGAAAAAUUACCAAGACCAUUACAUUCUACACAACAAAUGUCCAAUAAUAAUAAUAUCCAAUGA